AUGCAGGCCUUCCGCGACUACCUGCGCUCGCGCUCCAUGGCCGCCUCGCCGCUGAUGAGAGCGAAAAAUAUGCUGCAUCGUUCCGAUAGCACAUCUAAGAAGACCAGUAAAAUUCAAAAAGUUUUAGAGAAGCGUGCGAAUAAAAUAAUGAUGAAGGCGUCACAAACUCUGGAACAAUCCACGGGAUUGGCGAUAGGACCCCGACGAUCUGUCGUCGAGACUUAUCCCGAGGAGAGCGGGGAGGCGGGCGACGAGGCCGAGGCGGAGGCGGCCGGGGCGCUCGCGUGCGCGCUGGUGAAGGUGGCGCGCCACGAGCAGCGCCACGCGCUGGGGCUAGUGCCGCUGCCGCGCCUGCCCGCGCUGCUGCAGCUGCUGCUGCGCGACUGCUGCGGCCUGCUCGCCGCCGACGUGGAGCGCGCCUGCACGCGCAGCCGCCGCGCCGCCGCGCGCUGCGGGCCCAGCGCGGGCUGCUGGGCGUUGCUGGCGCGCCUGCAGCGGCUGCUGCCCGACGUGGAGCGCGCCUUCGCGCCCGCGCCGCCCGCGCCCUACACCGCCGUGCUGCACGCCUGCACGCAGCACUGCCUGCGGGCGCUGGAGGAGUGGGUGGAGGGCGUGCGCGCGGACGGCGCGGCGGCGGCGGUGGACGGCACCGUGCACCAGUUGGCGGCCGCCGCGCUGGCGCACUGCCACGCGCUGGCGCUGCACGCGCACGUCAUCGGUCCCGCGCUGGCCACAGAGCCGCAGUACGCGCGCGCGGCCGCGCAGGCGCCCGCCGCGCACGACCGCAACGCCGUGCUGCUCGCCGUGUACAUGCGUAAAGUUUUGGCUCAACUGAAUUUCACGCUACGUAACAAAAGUGAACAGUAUCCGGACGCUUUAAAGGCUAUAUUCCUUCUCAACAAUACGCAUUAUUUAUUACAGGGUCUGCAACGCAGUGGUUUGCUAGAUGUAUUGUCUCUGGCUGAGCCCGACUGUGAGGCUAACUAUAGGAAUCUCAUCAACGAACAUAAGAACGCAUACCUUCAGAGCUGGAACAAGCUCCUGGCUCACACGGUAUUGGAGGAGCCGCUUCCUCCUAAACUACGCGACAGGGACAGACAGAUGCUCAAGGACAAGUUUACGGCGUUCAACCGCGAGUGGGAGGAGCUGAGCCGUUUGCAGCGCGGCUACAGCGUGCCGGACGCGGAGGUGCGCGAGCAGCUGAAGCGCGCCAACAAGCGCGCGCUGCUGCCGCCCUACGCCGCGCUGUGCGAGCGCGCCGCCGCCGCGCCCUUCAGCAAGAACCCCGACAAGUACAUCAAGUACACGCCCGUGCAGAUCGCGGCGCAACUGGACGGAUAUUUCGAUGAGGCCGCUUAG